GGUAAAAAUAGCUAUUAGUGAUAAUGCAAUUGUGUGUGUGUUCUGUUAUGUACAGGUUUCUUUUUUAAUAAAAAUGAUGAGUAUAUAUCAAAUAUGUCCACUGUUUAUCAUUGUGAUCACUGUGAAUCACAGUGUUCAGCUGAUUGUGAACAAACACCAAAAUAUGGUAGUACUGUAUUAUGGUGUAUGAGAAGUGUCCCUGCAAAUUCAUCAAAAGAGGAAUCAAUGAAUAAUGGAGAUGGAGAUGGUUUUACAUUUGAUAACAGUGUUUCUGUCAAAUGGAUUGAGCCAUCUCCUACCCUAGCAAACCCUCCAUACUUAUCUUCCCCAGUUAAUCAUCAGUUGUGCUUAUGUAGCUUAAGUACUGGAGCUACUCAAUGCAAUUCAAGCAGUGAUGAAGGUGUUUAUAAAUGUAUUAUAAAAGGGAGUGAUGUCAUUGAGACUUUACAAUUCACAUACUCAGUAUAUAAGCUUACCACAGUCCCCAGUACUAGUGCUCCUGGAAACAAUGUUAUAAUAACGUCAUCUCGUAGAACAAUAAAAGCAUCAACAACAUUACCAACAAUAAUAGCAACAACAGCAAAAACAACAACAAACAUUCCUUCAAUAGAUACUCCAUGUUCUUUAGAUUUAUUGCAUGUAACAGCAUGCCCUUCAUCAAAUCAGAACUCAACUCUACCAUAUUAUAGUGGGAUUGGUUUAUUGCUGACAACUAACCUGGUGACAUUCAUUGUAUUAGUAACUGGCUGUGUGUACAUAAUCUACUCAAAAAAACAAACAAAAUAUGCAUUAGGAAGAUCAAGAGCUAAUGUUACUGUGCAGAGUAAUCCCAUUAGAUCAUCAAGUGUCAUCAACAUUGAAACUGAAAUACAAAAUGAAGAGUAUAAUACAUGCCCCCAGGAACAGCAGGAACAGCAAGAGUCCCCUCAUCCAAUAGGUGUAUACUCAUACGUUGUUAUAGAUAAAGAAGAUCAUUCAACUGCUGAUAAUGAUGAAUAUGCUGUACCAGAUGAUCUGUGUGAGGUUAAGGGGAAAGGAUCCAACCCUCCUCCUUCAGUACCCCCUCCUUAUGCUGGGAAAGGGGUUGAUAAGGUUGAAGAGACAGUGAAUGGAGUUGGUAACAGCAGUAGUGUUGAUAAUCUUGAUUGCUCAUAUGCAACGAUUGGUAGCAAGGAGGAGGAGAAAGAACAAGUCAAUAAAGAUUAAUAGAAAAUUAUUUUGUACUUUUUUCUAUUUUAACUUC